GAUUAGAUUACAAGCCAUUUUAUUUCUGCUAGUUAGAAGCAGACAUACGAGCUUAAUCUUGCAAAAGUACAUAAAAAAUAAAAGAAGAAUGUUAUCUUGAACCGUUGGAGACAAAAAAAGAUAAUCCUAAACAGAGAGGCAAAGUAAAGAAGAAGAAAAAUGGUGAUGAUGAUGAAGCAAGGACUUCUUCUAGGGAGUACUUGCACUCAUUUUCUCUCAUCAAAAACUCCCUCUUUCAAACAACACAUUUUUCAGCUCAGUAACAAAUUGAAAGAAGAAAAAGAAGCUCUGUUAAACAUCAAGAAAGCUACUGAAUGUGUCCCCAUUGAUGAUUUCAAGGAAAUCCUGCAGUUUAGGCACACCGCAACAACAGUAAUUGUGGCUAAUGCAUUGAUGAUGACUUCACCCUUAGAUGCCUUGGCUGAAACAUGUGAAGCUGAUAAUUCUCUCUUUAAUAUGAAUAUGCCCUUACUGCUGCUGGUUGCGCUUAUUGGGGCCACCGUCGGAGGACUAGUUGCACGUCAGCGAAAAGCGGAAUUGCAGCGGUUGAAUGAACAGCUCCGUCAGAUCAAUGCUGCUCUAAGAAGGCAAGCCAAAAUUGAGUCUUAUGCACCCAACUUAAGUUAUGCUCCUGCUGGUAGUAGCAGGGUUGCAGAAAGUGAAGUAAUUGUUGAUCCAAGAAGGGAGGAAUUAAUAUCUCGCUUGAAAAAUGGGAAGAAAUUUCUUAGAAACCAAGCGCCCGAAAAGGCGCUAUUGGAGUUUAAAACUGCUCUUGACCUUGCACAGAAUUUAAAAGAACCUUUAAAGGAAAAGAAAGCAGCUCGGGGCUUAGGGGCAUCAUUACAACGGCAGGGCAAGUACCGGGAAGCUAUUAAGUACCACUCUUUGGUUCUUGAAAUAUCAGCAAAACAUGGAGAGGAUUCGGGUAGCACAGAAGCUUAUGGAGCAAUAGCUGAUUGUUAUACUGAGCUUGGAGAUUUGGAACAAGCUGCAAAAUACUAUGAUCAAUAUAUUGCAAGGUUAGAAACUGAUUGAGCUGCUAGUGGUGAGGAUUUUUGUAACUAUAAGUCAUCUAUUAUGGAUAUUUGUUUAUCUUCAUACAUUCCAAGUAGAAUACUUAGAUCCUGAGAUCCUUUUUGUAUAACCAUACUUUAUUAAGUCGUCCCUUCCGUUUUUA